AUGGAGAAGAGGGAACACUUAGUCUUGACCUUCUAUAAUCCUAAGGCUCCCAAAAUUCAGGGGAAUCGGAACUACCAAAGGCCUACCCUCCCCAUCAACAAACAUCUGAGUGCCACGAUACCACCCCAGAGGCGGCAGCACCAUGUGGACCAGACACACAUCUACAUCCGAAUGUUCUGUGGCAGCCUGUGUGGUUUUGGUCUCCUAAUGCUGAUCUGCACAACCCCACUGAACUGGGUGCAGUUCCUGGUGGUCAAGAAUGGCCUUGAACUCUACGCAGGACUCUGGAUCUCAUGCACCCAUGAGCUGUGCUGGAGCCGCACACCUAAACCACCCU